UCCCAGACUAGUGUUGUGAUGUCACAUUCCAAAAGCUACUGAGCCCCAUCAGAGAAUCAGCAGACUCAAAGGCAGCCAAAGGAUUCUUCAUCUUCAGAAAGGCCAACUGAUAGGAGAGAAAGAGGCUUUGAAGCUAGAACACCCACAACUUUAUUUGUAUGAUGGUGACUUUUUAAGAGUGUCUUGCUCCCCGGUCAAGGCUUACAUGUGAUCAGGAAGAAGUGGACAAAAUACUGGAAAAUACAACUGCUUCACUAAAAGUGUCUGGAGUAUAAUUUAACGGAGGUUCAAAUCAAACACCUAGACUGAAGAUGCUCUCUUCCUAAAAAAAACUGAGUCUACACUCAGAGACACACACCUCCCAAACUGAAUUCUGGGAAACAGAAUGCCAGCCAAGACGCCUAUGUACUUAAAGACUACCACGCCCAAGCGGGGGAAGAAGCUCAAGCUGCGAGACGUCCUCUCCGGUGACAUGAUCAGCCCCCCGCUGGGGGACGUGCGCCACAGUGCCCACGUGGGGCCAGACGGGAAGGCCGACAUGUUCGGCGAUGUGGGGUUCCUACAGGGCAAGAUGGACAUGCUGCCCGCCCAGAGUCGCCUGCCACGCUCGCACAGUAUGGAGAGGCAGCUGGACGGCAACACGGGAUCCAACCACUCUUAUAACAGCCACCGCAACCCCUACCACCACUCCACCAGCCUGCUGACGGCCACCAUCUCUAUGCCGGUGUUCAUUGCCCACGAGCAGGCCCCGCCCAAGCCGCCUAGGCUCCAUCUGGAGGACUCCACACCGCCGUCACAGCAGGACAACCACAGCCAGCAGAGCCGGGGGACCCAGGAGCAGCAGCACUCCAUGUCUGUGUGUGACCAGGGCGUCGGCCGGUACAUGGACCCGUGCCGUGACCUUUGCUACUCCGACUCCUUCAGGCACCUAGUGCCUUCCUCUGGCUCCUUCUCCGAGGCUUCCUCGGAGGACUCCAUGUCAGAGAGCUGUGGCCCCCUGGACCCUCGGAGGGGGCUGAGCCUGGAUUCAGACGCCGGCCUGAGUAACGAAGACCUCGGGAGCGAGCGCAGUGAGUCCCCCUCGGUGUGCCCGAGGCCCUCUCCUGGGGUCUCUCGUUCAGAGUCCCUGAUGGGCCUGGAUCUGGACCUGGGGCCGUCCAUCCUGGAGGAUGUGAUGAGGAUCAUGGACCGCUACAAAGGCGCCGAUGACCGCUGGGAGUUGUGAGCAGAGGGAGGAACGGGGUUCAGACGUGGCUGUGCAGAGAGAGAGAGAGGGGUGCUUCUUUUUGCCAUCCACCAUAUAGCUGGACAAUGAUUGGGCUGGUCCAGCAAAGAGAAAGAGGCCAAACAUAGUGUCAGGACUGACAGACACAAACACUUGGGAGUUAAGAUGCUGGAACUGUGGGACUGCAAAAUAUUCAGGCUGGACACAGGAUGGAUAGUGGCUUCAAAGACAACCAUUUGUAUUUAGAUUUUAUGGGGGAAGAGACAUGCAUUUCUCCCCCCCUUGUGCUGUCUACAUUUUUGCAGACUUUAAUUUUGUAUUUCAGCAUUUCACUUAUUGUUAAGGCACAUAUAGUAAUUAAAUACUUCACUAACUUCCUUGGUGAUGUAGUUUUCUGAUGAAGUAGGAUGACAGUUGCCUGAGUGUACAAAUAAUGUAAUUAAAAAGCCCAAAAUCGUUGUGCUUUUGUGUUGUUUUCAGAAAUAUCAUAUGAUGGUUGAUAUUUUUCCAGGCACAUCAUGUUUUUUGUUCUGGAUGUAUCUGAUUGAAUUUUACUGUUCUGUCAGGAAAAUACUACCUAGAAUGGAUUAUGCUUUGUUAUUGGUUGCCAUCCAGUGGCAGGUGUAGGAAUUACUCCCAAAUGGAACAUUUCAAGCGAGAAAACUAUGGGCUGUGUUUUCUGGUUAGUGAAGUGCAUUGGAUUUAAAGUAUCUAAAAUGUCUUUCUUUGGAAGUUGGAUGACCAGGGAAUGUUUCCUUCAUUACAAAACCUGUCAGCUUUUUGUUCUCUUGCAUUGCUAUAUCGCAGUGUAUUUCAGUUGUUAUGUUUAUCACUGUAACAUAAAAUAAAUAUGGAAAAACUA